CCUUCGAGGCAGACAUGGUAAAAGCCGGUACUCGCAGAAUAUAUCAAACUAUGUGAAGUUAAAGCAGAGCAGCCGUUGGGGUCGGUUCAGUUUAAAUACAGGGGAACAGGAGCUCGAGGCAGAGGGCGUGGCCGAGCGAGCUCUGACGCUUUGUGUUUAUGGCGAACGAGCAGUAGUCAAUACGGUAACCCGACAGACCUUCAAACCGUGGACCAAAAACGUGUGCUGUAGUGUCACCCCGGCCCGGGUGCCAUGGUCCUCAGUUACACAUGAGCUCUACUAUGUGGUACAUCAUGCAAAGCAUUCAAAGUAAAUACUCUUUGUCUGAGCGGCUCAUCCGCACCAUUGCUGCCAUCCGCUCAUUCCCACAUGACAAUGUGGAGGAUCUCAUUCGUAAGGGAGCUGAUGUGAACCGGAUGCAUGGCACACUUAAGCCCCUGCACUGCGCCUGUAUGGUCGCUGAUGCUGACUGUGUGGAGCUGCUGCUGGAGAAGGGUGCAGAGGUGAAUGCUUUGGAUGGAUAUAACCGCACAGCACUGCACUAUGCAGCUGAGAAGGACGAGAGCUGUGUGGAGCUGCUGUUGGAGUAUGGGGCCCAGCCAAAUGCCCUGGACGGCAACAAGGACACUCCACUUCACUGGGCCGCCUUUAAAGAUAACCCAGAGUGUGUGAGGGCCUUGCUGGAGAGCGGGGCCUGUCCUAAUGCCCGGGACUACAACAAUGACACGCCCUUGAGCUGGGCAGCAAUGAAGGGUAACCUAGAGAGUGUAAAAGUGCUUUUGGACUACGGAGCCCAGGUUCAUGUGACAAACCUGAAGGGCCAGACCCCUAUCUCUCGACUGGUGGCCCUGUUGGCCCGGGGCCUGGGUACUGAACAGGAGGAGGAGUGCUUGGAGCUGCUGUGCCGGGCAGCAGGGCGGUUUGAAAUCCGACGGGCUGAUGGCACCCCUCCCAGGGAGCUGAGUAAGGAUCCUCAGCUGCUGGCUAGGCUGACCAACAUGGUGGCUCAUGCACCCACGCUCCGCUCUCUUGCACGCUGUGCUGUCCGGCAGAGUCUUGGUGUUCAGUUCCUCCCCACGGCUGUUAAAGAGCUUCCUCUACCAGAGACUAUCAAAGACUAUUUGCUGCUGAGAGACUGAGGUGAUGAAACCAUUGGGGAGCUCUCAGACAUCGCUGAUUAUUAGACAGCUUAUCACACAGCGUUUACUGGCAAGGAAGUGUCUCCAAUAAAUUAUAGGAUGUUGUCAAACAGUGGCCCUCAUUUAUCAAACUUCUCACAAAUAAAUACAGAUUUCUGUCCCAGGAUACACGUACAAACCUCUCCAAAUCUUUUUUUAUUAUGUGGUGGUUGGAGAAGCAGUGUGUCUUUGAAAUUUUAAAUACUUAUGAUUAAUUUUACAUAGGCAAAAUUUGCAGCAAGUAUUUAAUGGUAUAUCUUAAGAAAUGAAUUGAAUACUAUUAUGGUUUGUCACAGAUCAUGAAAAAAUGUUGAGUUGGCUGGUAAAAUAAAUAUAUGCUCAUUGAAAGAUUAAAAUAAAAUUUAAGAUAGGGUUAUGAAUGAGGGCUAAUGUCUCAUGGUGCAGGCUAUCGAGAGGAUACAGUUUCUGAUGUAGUGCUCAGGAACAAAAGUUAUGAAGUGUAUAUGAUAGUUGGAGUGGCCAUCUUUCUCUCAGUGAUGUCUCAGUGAACUCACAAUGCAAUCAUUUUUGCAAUAUUAAGGAAAAACAAAUAAUAAUAAUAAUAAAAAAAAACACUCUUGAUCAGAGCAGAAAAAGAUUGUGCCAGAUGGGAACCAUUUUAUUUAUCUAGAAGCAACGUAAUGUUGCAGAAUAUUAUCAUUGGUUAAACAAAAUGUGCCAGGCACACUAAUCUUGCCUCUAUCUAGCCCUCUGGAAAUGUGCAGCGCUGAUAAAAGUGAUGUCAACAUGCCUGCUGUCAUAUGUCAUGUACUAUUUAUUUGGGCUUUGUUUUAAAGGAUGCAGUUGCCAAGGAGGAAUAAAAUGUUCUUUUUUUAUGACAGAUCUUUGUAGUCUUAACUUGCAACAGUGUGGGUUUUCAAAGGUGCUCCCAGGUCCAAAUUUGUUUAAAGCAUAUGUUUAAAAAAUACUUUAUUUUAAAUUAAAUGUUUAAAUGUUACAACCAUGAAACGGCAUGAUUACUAAGUUAAUGUCCUUUAGUGAAAGACUCACUAAGUAAGCUUGCAAGAUGUAUUUACGUUUGUAAUGGCAUCUGUCUGAAAUCUGACCAAUUUUGUGCUUGAUUUUGUUUGCUUGUUCUGUUUCUGUAAACAAUUAACCCCUUAGAUCACGUCUUGUGUACACCUGCAAAAGUGCUUUUUUCUUUGUCAAUGAAAGUAAAUGCCUUUAUAUUCCGUUCA